AUGGCUAAAAGACGGAUUAUAAAGAAAGUGACGACAACAACAACAAAAAGCACGAUUGUCAUUGGUGGCAGACGUGCACCAAUUGCACACAAAGCUUACAAAGGGAACGCAAGCAACCAGAACAGGACUAAUCGUAACACGAUGAUUAGUAACUGUGCCAGAAUGGUACGACAUUCCACACGAAUACCGAAGAAGAUCACACGUUUUACCGAAUCGAUUCCCGGUCGAGAUAUUCCAAAGAAAUCAAUCAAAACUCGUAAAAUCUUGGAGCAACAUCAACGAAAACAACCACAAAACAAGAAACAACACAAACUAGCAAUACCCAAAAAAGACAUUGUUAUUGCAAAAAAGACAAAAACACCACAAUCACCAUCUUCAAGAGCAAGCCUCAAACGGCCUCCUUCAGAUGUUGAUCAUUCGCUAAGAACAGAAGGAUGUAACGGUUCAAUUGGUCCAGUACGAUCUCAUUUACGUAGAUGGUUUUCUGAAGAACUGCUUUGA